UCUGCUGCUGCUGCUGCUGCUGCUUUCGGGCUGUUUGACAUUGGGGUAUCGGCAGUCUCUUUCGUCUGCGGUGGCAGUAUGCAUCUUACUUGUGAAGCGGGACCGUGAGGGUGAUUUCAGAGAGACAUGAAGGACCCUAUGAGCUUUCUGGGAACAUGUCGUUCAUUGACUUGUUCCAGUGGAAACCGUCUCAGCCUGGUAACUGGGGGAUUGUGGAGUUGUUUCAACCAUCAGUAAAAUCUUUGUCAGGCUCUCUCCGGAAUCUUCUGGGUUGCAUUGAAGCAACUGUCUCAGCUGCCCCACUAAUGCUACCCCCUUGACAUACAAAAAUACCCUGAAAAGCAUGUUGGAAAUGGAUAUUACUGAGAUGAGUUUUAUUUCAAGCCUUCCACCGUGCCGUCAGCUCCUGACAUGGUCACCCAAGCUGUUCAACGAACACUAGUACCUUGUGACACUUGUGCACAUACAAUCUGAGAGCUGCCUGUGCUUCAUUACCUCGCUGGACCAUGAUGAUGCUGUGGCUUCUGCUGCUUUUGUCAGUUUGGGCGUGGUGUGAAGGAGCUGACUCCAGUAAACACAGAGUCGUGGCACACAUGCCUGGAGACAUCAUCAUUGGAGCUUUGUUCUCUGUCCAUCACCAGCCCACUGCUGAUAAGGUUCAUGAGCGUAAGUGUGGCGCGGUUCGUGAGCAGUAUGGCAUCCAGAGGGUGGAGGCCAUGAUGCAUACACUGGACCGGAUUAACGCCGACCAAAACAUCCUUCCCAACAUCACUCUGGGCUGCGAGAUCCGGGACUCGUGUUGGCACUCGGCCGUGGCUCUGGAGCAGAGCAUCGAGUUCAUACGGGAUUCUCUUGUGUCCUCCGAUGAGGCUGAGGAGUGGGGCGGUGUGACCUCGUGGGGAGGAGGAGGCGGAGGAGGAGGAGAAGCAACAAUGAAGUGUGCAGACCCAUCUGCUACUCCGAUGCGGGGAAAGAAACCCAUUGUGGGUUUAAUUGGACCGGGGUCGAGCUCUGUGGCCAUCCAGGUGCAGAACCUGCUGCAGCUUUUCAACAUACCGCAGAUCGCCUACUCUGCCACCAGUAUGGACCUCAGUGACAAGAGCCUUUAUAAAUAUUUUAUGCGAGUGGUACCUUCAGAUGCUCAGCAAGCACGAGCCAUGGUGGACAUUGUCAAAAGAUACAACUGGAGUUAUGUGUCUGCUAUCCACACUGAAGGGAACUAUGGUGAGAGUGGCAUGGAAGCGUUCAAAGACAUGGCGGCCAAGGAGGGCAUCUGUAUAGCCCACUCAGGUAAAAUCUGGAGCAACGCCGGAGAGCAGAGCUUUGAUCGUCUGCUGUUGAGACUGAAGGCUCACCUGCCUAAGGCCAGAGUAGUGGCAUGUUUUUGUGAAGGCAUGACCGUUCGCAACAUUCUCAUGGCGAUGAAACGCAAGAAAGUGGUGGGAGAGUUUCUUCUCGUCGGCAGCGAUGGAUGGGCAGACAGGUACGAUGUGACAGAAGGUUAUGCCGAGGAAGCAGCCGGGGGUAUUACCAUCAAGCUGCAGUCAGCGGACGUGAAAUGGUUUGAUGAUUACUACCUUAAGCUCCGUCCUGAAAACAACCACAGGAAUCCUUGGUUUCCGGAGUUCUGGCAGCAUCGGUUUCACUGCAGACUUAAAGGUCACCCACAGGAGAGCAUCAAGUACAACCGCACCUGUGAGAGAAAGGAUUCCCUGCAGACUCAUUACGCACAGGACACCAAGAUGGGAUUUGUCAUUAAUGCUAUUUACUCAAUGGCAUUCGGCCUGGAUAACAUGCAACGUUCCCUAUGCCCAGGCUAUCAGGGCCUUUGUGAUGCUAUGCGACCUAUAGAUGGUGCUACUCUGCUGGACUUCCUGAUGAAAACCAACUUCACUGGUGUGUCCGGAGAGGGAAUUUUAUUUGAUGAAAAUGGAGACUCACCUGGCAGGUAUGAAAUAAUGAAUUUCAAGAAGAUGGGGAGGGACUACUAUGACUACAUCAAUGUUGGUAGUUGGGACAACAGUGGAUUGAAGAUAGCUGAUGAUGAAAUCUGGUCCAGCAAAGAUGCCAUCAUUAAAUCGGUGUGCAGUGAACCCUGUGACAAAGGGCAAAUUAAGGUGAUCCGCAAGGGUGAGGUGAGCUGCUGCUGGACGUGCACCCUGUGCAAAGAAAACGAGUUUGUGUUUGAUGAAUACACCUGUCAAGCCUGUAAUCUUGGCUCCUGGCCUAAUGAUGGCCUCACAGGCUGCGAUCCGAUCCCUGUGGAGUACCUGCGAUGGGGGGAUCCAGAACCCAUAGCUGCUGUGGUAUUUGCUUGCCUCGGUCUAAUGGCUACCUUUUUUGUCACUGCAGUUUUUAUCUAUUUUCGGGACACCCCUGUUGUGAAGUCCUCCAGCCGGGAGCUGUGCUACAUUAUACUAGCAGGGAUUUGCCUCGGAUAUCUGUGCACCUUCACCCUCAUUGCAAAGCCCCACGUGAUCCACUGCUACCUCCAGCGACUAGGAAUCGGUCUGUCACCUGCCAUGAGUUACUCUGCACUUGUUACCAAGACGAACCGCAUCGCUCGGAUCCUGGCAGGGAGCAAAAAGAAGAUCUGUACAAAGAAGCCUCGCUUCAUGUCAGCCUGCGCUCAGCUCAUCAUUGCCUUCCUCCUCAUACUGCUGCAGUUGGGCAUCAUUGUGGCUCUUUUCCUUAUGGAGCCACCGAAUGUGAUCAACGACUACCCUAGCAUCCGCCAAGUCAACCUUAUUUGCAACACCACUAACCUCGGAGUGGUAGCCCCCCUGGGAUACAAUGGCCUGCUGAUCCUCAGCUGUACCUUUUAUGCCUUUAAGACCCGCAAUGUCCCAGCUAAUUUCAACGAGGCCAAGUACAUUGCUUUUACCAUGUACACCACCUGCAUCAUCUGGUUGGCGUUUGUUCCCAUCUACUUUGGCUCCAACUAUAAAAUCAUCACCAUGUGCUUCAGUGUCAGCCUCAGUGCCACUGUGGCUCUGUGCUGCAUGUUUGUACCCAAGGUGUACAUCAUUCUGGCCAAGCCAGAGCGUAACGUGCGCAGUGCCUUUACCACCAGCACCGUGGUCCGGAUGCAUGUGGGAGAUGGGAAGUCCUCCUCAGCUGCUAGCCGCUCUUCCAGUCUGGUUAACCUGUUUAAGCGUAGAGGCUCUACUGGAGAGACCCUCAGCUCCAAUGGUAAAUCGGUGUCUUGGGCGCAGACAGAGCGCAGCGGUUCUCGAGGCAACCACCUGUGGCAGCGGCUGUCCUUCCACAUCAAGAAGAAAGAGAACAAUCAGACAGCGGUCAUUAAGCCCUUCUCCAAAACCUCUGAGGAGCGGUACUCCGGGGGAUCCGACUUGCCUCCGCAUGUACCUUUGCCCUCCCUCUCUUCCAUGUCCUCCCUGCCCACUCAUCCUGACUGCGUCACAGACAAGACUCUCUAUGAGCUCUCAGAAGCAGAAGAGCACUACUCAAUCACCUAUCGGCCGCAGACGCCAUCGCCGAUCAGUACAGUCAGCCAGAGGAUAGGAGCCAGUUUGGGGGAGGAGUCCCAGGUGGCCUGCAUUUCGAAGUACUCUAGCAGCGUCUGCAGUGGCGGCAGCAGCAGCAGCUGCGGGCCUCCGAGCAGCGGCUCCGUUGCGGCUGGGAGCGAUGGGCGUCUGGUGGCCAUGGACAACCGUCCACCGCCACGCCAGAAUUCGCUGAUGGAUCAGAUCAGCUGCGUGGUGAACCGCUUCACCGCCAACAUUACUGAGCUCAACAGCAUGAUGCUCUACCCCUCGCCGACGCACACGCACAAACACACUCCCCCCGCCGCUCAUCCCCCUGAUCCCUACCUGCUACCCCGAGAGAUCCCGAUGCCCCCGACCCUCACCACCUACGCUGACGUCCAGCCGCUUCCCCACAUUGAGCCCAAUCUGGGCAACCGGGGUGGCUGUCCAGUUCACUCCAUCCCUCGCUCGCCUUACCCCCUUCAGCCUCCGUCUCAUCCCCACACAUCCCCAUCGCUCUCCCCCAUAAGAGGAAGCCUAGUCACCUGCAUCCCCGACUCCCCACUCAGGAGGGUUGAGCUGGAAGAGGAGCUCAUCGCUCUUACUCCUCCUUCGCCCUUUCGUGACUCUUUGGGAUCCAGCAGUGGCUCCCAGAUCUCAGAGACUGGUUUGUUUGUCCCUCCUGUCCCCAACCACCCACCCCCUUCUCCUCCCUCACCUAGGUACACCAGACUGACUCUCAGAAACUACAGUCAGAGUUCCUCCUCACUGUGAGGGAGAGGUGAUGAUCUGGAGAAAAUAGAUCAAACAGGACCGUUUGAUCACCGUUUGGAGUCAAAACCCGAGGAGACGACGUCAUGGAGGGCUGGUUGGUGACGACACCAAGCUGUGUUUGUGUUUACAUGUUUACAGUGAGAUGCGUGUACUAGAGACCGGCAGGAUGUCGUAUCUUCUCUCCGUCUUUAUUGGGUGAGAAUUGAAAACGGCCGCUCUGACUCGGAGGUGUUUCAGUAACAGCAGAAAUUUCUCCUGGAGGUUCUCUGUCAUUUAGAUUGGGCUAGUGGCCUUAAGGUAACUCGGCUGACAACUAAUUACAGAUUCUGUGUGUGCGCUUACGUGGGCCUGAGUGUGUUUUUGCUGUAUCUUAGAGAAGGAGAGGUGACAGGAAUAUGGCAGCAGAGAGUGCCUGUAAGAACUACAAAGGGACAAGCUACAAAAGGGCACAUACUGAAAUAUAUUUGCUAGCAUAAAUCACAAAAGUGUGAGCACACUAUUAUAAAUAAAGUGUGUGAGGAAUGGCAGUGGAUUUAUAGGACGCAUAAAUUUUGUCUUCAGUGAUAAAAUCCAAUUAGUGUCUAAUUAAAGUGCAUUGUGUGAACAUUGUUAACAUUCUGAAACAGUGUUAAUCUAGAACAUUUUGUUCCAAAAGCUUAGUUUAUUUUGUUCAGCUUUCAUCACAUCAGUGUGUUUUCAUAUUUUCUACUCUUCCAGUAAGUCUGAAUGUAUAUUUUCUACAUUAUUCCUGAGGCAGUUGGGACCAAAUUUUUGUAGCUCUACGCCUGUAACUUGAGACAGGGAGAACGAAGGGGGUGUGGCGAGACCAGGCCUCGUUUUUACUGUGAACAUUUCCAGUAUUUAGCUCUCACUCAGGUGGAUCAUUGGGAAGGGUCUCUCCUUAAAGCUUUUCUGCUAAUAUGUGGCGUUCAUAAAUACAUUCUGAAAGGCUUAGCUGGAUUCCAGUCAUGACAUUUUCCAGAUCCAAUAUGUCAGCGGGUGGCAGUAACCUGUUUCAUCUAAAACAGUGCUUUAAAUGGAAUUAGAAUAAAAGUCAUUUUGUACGCCAUUUGCAGUGGAGUACAAAUUGAUUGUUGAGCUGGGGGUUUCAGUCCUAUGAAAGGUAAUUUGUUGAACAACCUUUUCAAUUUUUAAAAGACAAAUUGAAGUUAUGCAUUUUUUUCCAUUUAUCCAUUGAAAUUAUAUCUUUUAUCACAAGUUUAAUAAAAAGCAGUAAGAAAUGACUGACACCUAGCAUGGGCAAAUGUUCACAAUCAAGAGUAAAAACACUGACAUAAAUAUCGUCUGAAACCAUGAUAUAUAUUUCCUUAUUUGGGGGAGAAACUGCUAUCUUGCUGAGAGUGAGGGAGAGUCAAGGCUAGGUUGGUACAUGCUGUAGUUGCAAUUUGGAAAUUUUCUGGGAUUUGCUCAUUGGUUCGGCUCUAACUGUUAUUAAUUAUACAAGUUGCAAGUUUAUUUGUUAACAUUUUAUUUGCUCUUACACAAAAAGCUGUGUUCACAAAUGGAUAUUUGACAACACAAUGACAUAUUUUUCUUCUUCUGGAAAAUGCUUUUUGUUUUUUUCCAGCGGGGAACUCAAAACAAACAAACAAAAACAUCUGACUAGAAGUAGUUAGCACAUUGUGAGUUUUCAAAGCCAAGUUUAGUCUGUCAUUCUGACCCCUCCAAUAUGGGUUACAAUUGCAACACCAUGCAACCCUGGGUAAAUGCUUAUUUUUUUGCCCAUCAAAAUUUUAUCAGUUUUAAAAGAAAUGUAUUGUUCAUUUGUAUUAAUUAAUAGCAUAACAGUAUGUGAUAUUACUGUGAAAUCACUUGAAUAAAUCAGAAAUAAAAGAAUAAUUAGACAACCCUAACCCUAACUUUCACAUUACCACUUCACACCAUAGUUUUUUUGUUCCAGCUUUUCAUCAUACCAGCCCAUCCCUAGUUAUAUACCAACACAAAAUUUAGACGUUUUGUUUUCAGUCUUGUGACGACCCCUCCAGUCAUCACACAGUAUUCUGUGUGUAUCAGCUGCUGUUCUCUCUCUUGCUUUGUCAAGUAACCUCUUCAGAUGUUGAGUGGAACAUAAAUUAAUAGGUUGUAGUUGUAAUCCCUUUGACUUACAGCUUAAAUCAUGCUUCAGUUGGUUGUGUCUAAAGAAUGUAUGGGUUUCUUUGUGGGUUAAUUGAAUUUACCGACAAAGAUAACAUUGAAAAUAAUUGGCCCAGUUUGCUUAUGAAGUUUUUCUUCUUCUUCUUUUAGCAUUUUUCAGCGGACAGUAAGUACCACUCAAAUUUCUGUCUGGUAAAUAGCUGAGGACAUUUUCAGGAUGCUUACAUUGAGGGAACAUAAAUCAGAGUUGUGUAAUUAUUAUCAGCUCACUCUCGGCGAAAAAGCAAAUCUCUUCUCUUACAUUCAGAUUUUAUGUCAGUUGCUUUCAACUCAGGCCUGGUCCUGUGUCAUGCAUCCUGAAGAGUUAACUGUCUCAUAAUCGGACACGUUUUUGUAGAUGCCUGAGCACACUGGCUUUGUAGAGAACUGGGGAUGCCUUUAAAGCGAAUGUAUUUACAUGUGCCAACGCUUGCUUUCUGGGUUGCAGCUGGAGAAAUGUGCAGAUGAAUGCAUUCCACACAACCCCUCUGAGAGACGAGGCCUUUGCUUGUGUCAGCGUCAACAAAAGCCCCCCACAAUAUUGGUUCAGAUGCACAAUACAUGCAUUUUUACCUUAGUUCAGUUAACUUCAGUAUGUAUGAGUCAAUUAAAAAGAAAUUUCAAUGCAAUUAUCUGAACAAAAAGAAGUGCUUCAAAGUGUUUCCUGUGACAUAUUGUCCACUACCGUCUCCAUGUAUUUUCUGCACCAUGUGCAUUCGUCUGCUGUGAGGGAGAAGCUGUCUGAUGUUUGCUUAACAUUUGCGCUCCACUGUAGCCGGCAAGAACAAACUCAGACAAAGUGAUCUUGUAAAUAACAAGGGCAUGCAAAGACAGACCUGUUUUGUUUAAAUUAAUUGAAUCAAGACGAAAGACAAUUUAUUUACAUAUCAACCAAUGUUAAAAAAAGAGAAAAAAAUCUGAUGUUUUUAAGCUGUUAUAACACAGUACAAAUAUGUGUUACGACUAGAGAAACUGUGUUCCUACGCUGAAUGUGUGAGUGACAAAUCCUAUUCAAAUGUCUCGUAAUUGAACAAUAUUAUGAUACUUGCUAUUAAUAUGAUUAUUGUGCCAAAGGGGUAAGAGGUGUCUAGUUUACUAGAUUGUGGGUUAAAAUAUGUGGUUUCAUAUAAAAAAAAAAUAAAUAAAUAAUGUAAAUUGUUUCUAUUGUUUUGGAUACAUUUUAGAUAAAUAUUUCAUAUUUUUUAGUGUAGAAGCAAUAUUAUCUAUGUGUAUACACAUCAGAGGUUUUAUAAUUCAUCCAAAAUUGCGACUCUUAUUACAAGCCCUCUUUGGAUAACUCUGUAAGGAUGGUGGAUUGAUAGCUUGAAACUUUGCUUUGCUUUGUAUUUAAUCUGUAUUUGUUGAAAUUCAUUGUUAUUUUCUUACUCUUGGUUUAUACUUUAAUCACAUUUAUACUGUUCAUCCCUGGCUGUAAUCAUAUUUAAUUGAUUGAAUAGUAUGUAAAAUUAUGUCAUACUGUUAAUCAGGACAAAGUAAUGAAACUAAUUGGUCCAAAGAGGGGGGGGGGGCUGAUAAACACAAGGUUAUAUGAUUUUGCUCAGAGAACAUAUAAAAAAAGAAAUGACAUGUGAUCUGUUGUCAAAAAUCAUCAUGCAGGGUUCCUAAGGACUUUUGAAAAGUAUGGGUGUUUUAGACAAGUAUUUGUUUUUCCAUUAAUUUUCUCAUGUUCUGUUUUCUAAGAAAAAAUUGUUGUUUUUUUCUAAAUUUUUUGUUCAAAGCAGUGAGCACAUAUUCAAAGUCCAUUACACCUAAAGCAACAGGUUGCAUGCUGCCUUAGGUGGAAUUGCCGCAAAGUCGACUGAUGCUUUUAAUGGCUCUGUCUGGUUGUAAAACAUAAAAACCUAAAAAUGCUUGUCAAUGAAAAACAUUUUUAAAAUUAAGUUUUGUAAAGUGCAAUUUAAUUGCAGACUAUUUCUUAGCAGUGACAUAUUUUGUAUAAAGGUGACACAGGUUAGCUUAGCCCUUAUUCAUGAGUUUAAUUUUACUCUUAUUACAAAUUCACAAAAUCAAUUCCUUUUUUUCUUGAAGCGGACUUUAACCUUGUAAUAUGUUUUUUUGUUUGUUUGUUUGUUUGUUUGUUUGUUUCUUUACAUUUUAUAUUAUUUUGAAAGCAUGCAGGCAAUGCAAGCAUAUUGCUAUCCAACCAAUAGCUGCAAAUUUGAAGUGAAGGUUUUUACUCGGAUGUGAAAAACUGUUCUUAAGAAAAAUGAAAAUACAAGUCUGGAGAAGAGUUAACCUUUUAGACAGAAAUUGUGUAGGGAUCCUGCACCUGUAUUAAUGUUGAACUGAUCUGGAGAAAAUGGUUUGUUUGCUGCUGUCACUGACUGUGCUCAGAUUGGGUUCAGAGACAAACAAAAAGCUUACUGCAGCACUUCAGCUGUGUGUAGGAGCCUCCUGGGUGAAACGCUGAAGCCUCUGCAGAAAGCUAAGAUUUAUCUCACUCUCUGACAACUUGGUUUAAUUUAUUGUCUCUUCAAUACAGAUCGCUUAAAAUGGUAAUUAUGGAACAAAUUGCAAAACUAAAUAGAACACAAUGUAUUACACAGUGGUGUUAAAAGCCUAUAAAGGUUGUAUUUAAUAAUGUGCUUAUGAUAAAAUCAUAAGCACAGAAUUAAUGUAGCAUUUCAACUAAAUUACUUUGUUUGGGAAAGAAAAUCAUUCAUUUCUUUAUCAAAAUGAUAUUUGGCCACAAGUCUAUACUGUUUUUUUAAUUGUUGUUUUUCCUUUCAAAAUGCUGUUGGCCAAAUCACUUUCAUAAAUACACUCUAAUAAAUUGAACGCAUAAUCCCUGUGCUUUAACAUUUCUUUAAUCCGGACAUGCUCGUCUGUUUAGUUGGUGGAAAAAAUAUGGACUCAGAUAUUUUAAACCCCUUGACUGAACAUUUAAAACCAUUUCAGUGGUUAUCAAAACGUUCUUCCUGUCUUGCGCUCAAAAGUCAGCUGAUCCUGAUAUCAUGCCCUUUGCCUCCCCCCCAGCAAUAUUUCAACAAGCUUUAGGCUUUUAGGUUUAUUUGAUGAUAUGGUGAUGACAGAGGAUUUUGUUUGUCACGAAGAGAGACUCUUGUUGAAUUGCUGUUACAUAAAACAAAAAAAAUUUUGUAAGGUCCGACCCUAUUGCACUUAAAGAUCAUGUCUUCUCUACACAGGAGAAGCAUAUGAUAAACCAAAUUUCACAAAGAUCAAUGAUGGGAUUCGUAGUUUUAAAGUGUUUUUGUUUGGCAGUCCGCAAGCUAUCAGUUGUUCAUCAUGCGUAUCAAGUCUGCUUUCUUUUCUCGUUAUUAAUAAUUUCAUUUGUUGACUGCUUAAAAAAAAGAAAAAAUAAAUUUUUUUGUUAGUUUGUUUCAGCUGUUACCAGUGUCAGCUCUCACUUCAACAGGGCCCACAGUGAAUGGUUUCCUUUAGGACACCAGCAACAAUCUCAAUGUCCCUAAUGCCAAAAAGCACUGAAAGCAUUGAAUAAACGUUUAAUACAUUUCAAACUGUGCUUCGGAGACUCAAUGUGAAGUCCAAAAUAGUCCAGUUCAGGUUUGACCCUGACGCGCCGGGAUUUGAGGACUCCUGCUUUAGAACAAUAAUGCCCUGCUUGCUUAUUAUUCUUUUCAGAAUACACAGAUUUGCAUUUAUUGUGCAGACACCACUUAGACAUCUGGUUGUGCACUUUGUCAGAACACACCUGGAGAGACGUGUUUUGGAUGUUCCAUUAAACACUGUCACGUAAUUAUGAUAAUGAACAUUCUUAUGAGGGUAAUUCGGUCAUUAUAUUGUUAUUGUUUGUGUUAGACUGUUAUUGUUGAUUAAUGCAGUACAACCCAAUGAUAUUCUCAUUUUCUCAGAUUUACGUGGGUUUUGUUUAUGCUCUCUACACACAAAACAUAAACAUAAAAAAGUCAUAUUUUUAAAGCAAUAUACACUACCCUACAAAUUGCACAAACAUUUUGAAAAAAAUUCACUGGUGCAAAUACCGGUGCAUCAAAUAAAUUGGAAUGUUAUUAAAACGCAACUCGAAAAAUAACACUCAUGCAUUAGAUAGAUUAUUCACAUACACAGUAUUAACACAUAUUAAUCCAAAAUAACCUUUCAAUAAUAUUCCAAUUUUCCAAACCUGCAAAUCAUCAAAUCAGAUUUUAAUAUCACCGUAAGAAAAAUACUGGUUUUAAGGCAUUUUGACUCUAAACUGUGCUCUAGAAUACAUUACGAGAUACACGUAAACGUCCAGAAUGUUGUUUUGUUUGUAGACUGUCGAUGAAGUUGCUGCAUUUAGUGAGAAUAUAGAAACACAAAGCCUUGAGGGUGGCAAGAGGCAUUUUAAAAACCAUCAAAAGUAUUUUUGUAAAUGUGUCUAAAGCUGCUAAUUUAUUUAAGUGCGGAUUUUGUUUCAGCCAAGCAAACGUUUAUUAUGAUGUAUAAUGGAUCCCCUAGAAAAUGAUAAUGUGCAUGAAGAAAAGAACAAGCAGUUUAGCCUGUGUGGUAAACUAGGAACAAGAAAGGAAGCUGUAUUUAUUAAUUUAUCUUUAACAUAUGUAAGAAAAUGAGAUAAGUUAUUUAAUGAGAUUGUGUUGAGUUAUUUUGUUAGAUUAUAUAACAGAUGGUUGCAGAACUAUGUCAAAAUGGUGUGUGUAUGGCUUAUAAAAUUUACUUUUUAUUUAUUUUUUUUUUCCAUUUAAAUGCAAAAGUAUACCUUAACAUUAAAGAGACACCAGUUUUGCUGUUGUACAUUCCUCACACACAGACGCUCUGCUGUAGAUUAAUGCCAUGGAAAAGAUAUGAAUGAAAAAGCCUCAUUAAUAUCCCUGAUCAGAGUCUUAAAUAGUAUAGUAUUAGCUAAAUAAAUAAAAUAAUGUUGCCUGUAGAAGGAAUGUUUAUCCUCUCACUGCUGCUUGGAGAUAAUCAAAACUGUCCACUUUAAUUACCGAUUUCAGCUGCAGCGAGAUUGUACACACUUAUGAGCAAAUGUGCUUGUUUGCUACUUUCUCUUUUCAGUGCCGAUGACCUGAGCAGAAAAACAAAUUCCAGUCACAACAGCAGCUCAUCAGCAUAUAAAUUACCACUGAAAGCUGUGUUCCAAUCUGUUUGCAGCUUAGAUUUAUCUUCAAAACCCUAAUUGAACCAACGCUCGUCGGAGUGGCAGUACUCAGGCUUUAAUUUGAUCAAAGGAAAGUGAUGAUGAGUUAUCAUAAACUUAUUGAGAGAGAAUUGGAAGGAGUUAAAUUCUCUCUACUGAGUGGGCUGGAUUUAUUAGUCUGUGUUACUAAAGAUUUUAUUUGGGAGUAUUCACUCCAGACAGAAAAUGAUUGCUGCAGAAUUUUAUUUUUUUUUUUACAGUAAAUAUCUUUCAUUUAAGGCUUUCCUCUGACUCUGCUGGUGUUCCAUUAAUGCAGUUUUAUCAUCAGUGCCUCUCUUCAGUGAACGCUUUAAAGUGCAAUGUUUUUAUGAGGUGGAUGAACAGUAAGCAGAGAAUUAAUUAAACUCCAAUUACGUCUAAAGAGGAUGGGGAGAAAUUAGAAAAAUCUUAUGUAAAUUGUAUUACAAUUCCAAAUCCUUAAAAUGUUACAUGUUAGCUCAUAUUACUAAUUUUUCUAUGGACAUGAGAGAUUAUUUAACAAUUUAUAUUAUCGUUCAUCUUAUUUUAUUUUAUUUGUGCAAUAUAAUUUGGUCUCAUACAUGCUUAUUUGUUUAAAAAAUUCACUUACCUUUGAACAUUUUCAAAUCUUAUAAUUUCUUAUGAUUAAAUCACACACAGUUAUUCUCUGCUUACUAAUUAAGUAACUUUUUAAGGCAGUUACUUGGGCUGGAUUUCAUUCAUUGAUAUCAGAUUAAGUCACACCUUUCAGGUUUUAUUUUAUUAUGAAAAUUAUGUACUUUCCCAUCGACAACACCAUUAUGCUGUCUUUAUGCUGUUCUAUCUCAUAAGACUCUAAGAACAUACAUAGAAUGUUUAAGACAUAACAAAAUGUGGAAAAAAAUAAUAAUAGUCCAUGGGUGUGAAGAGUUAUGCAAGGCACUAAAUGUUGCUUCCUCUCUGCUCUGCUUCAGCCAUCAUCUAAUCUGCUCUUUUCUCACUAGUAACUCUGUGCUAAAAAUAUAAAGUUAGAAUCUAUGAAGUUCAGAAGCCUGCGCAAAAUUAAACUUGGUGAACCAGAAGAAGCAUCAAAAUGUUGUAGUGGAAGGACAAGUAAUUUCAGUCUUUUGUGGGGCACUUUUUGCUCACAGUGUGCUGCCUUUGUAGUGUAGCACUAACAAAAAUCUCCACAGUUUGACUCCCCACAGUCCAACACCCCCCCUGCUAGGCAGUAAAAGACAGCCAUCUUGAAAUAGAAGAAAGCUCAGAGAAACCUCUUUAUUUUUACAAACAACUGUGGAAACUAUGGUUAUUGUUUUCUUUGACCUCUUCUUGGUUGUGCGACCACCAUAGGGCGGUGCUGGGGAAAAGAACUGGGAUGUGGUUUUUUUGUGGUGGGGAGACUAAAAUUAAUGUCUGGCCUUUUAAAUUUAUUUUUGUUGCCACUGAUAGUCAUUGUGUAAGUGAACAACAAAGUACAUUUGAAUUAAUAUUAUUAUUGUUAUUAAAAAAGAAUCUAUGUUUGA